AAGAAAUGAACUUAAAAGGUUGUUUUCUAAAGCUUAACAGUUUCUCACUUAAAGUAAUCGUAUCAUUUACAAACAAAAACGUGUACCGGGUUCGUUGGAAGAUGAAGCGCGUGAUUCGACAGUCUUCGAAAAAUUUUUUACUCGAUUUGUCGUAUAUUUAUUUGAUUAUUAGCCAAGCAACAACCGAUGGAGAAGAAAAUGGGCCCAAAUUUGUCGAGCCAAUUCCAAAUGUUACAGUAACAGUGGGACGAGAUGCCUCUUUACCAUGUGUUGUUAAUAAUUUAGGAACCUAUAAGGUCCUAUGGAUACAUAUCGAUAGAAAAAUGGUAGUAACAAUGCAUAAACACGUCAUAUCGCGAAUACCCCGUUAUAGUAUUUCGGUAAAUAAUAAAAACAGCUGGAUUUUACACGUGACCAGAGUACAACAAGAGGAUCGUGGAUAUUACAUGUGUCAAGUGAAUACCAAUCCUAUCAUGAGUCAAGUAGGAUAUCUUCAAGUUAUAGUUCCUCCAGUUUUCAUUGAAGAUGGCACAACAAGUUCUGCCACCGUAGCUGUAAGAGAAAAUCAAAAUUUAACAUUGACGUGUAAAGCUCAAGGUUUUCCACCUCCCAGAAUUGUAUGGAAAAGAGAAGACGCAGGGGAUAUUGUCUUAAAUAAAAAAACUAAAGGUCCUGCUUUCACUGGUGAAAAAAUACACUUUGAAAGAAUCAGUCGAACUGAUAUAGCUGGGUAUUUAUGCAUAGCAGCGAAUGGAGCUCCUCCAGCUGUUAUCAAAAAGAUAUUCAUAAAUGUCGAAUUUUCACCAAUUGUGAUAGUCACCAAUCAGCUAAUCGCCAGUUCGUUAGGAUCAAACGUUGUUUUGGAAUGUCAAACAGAAGCAAAUCCUCUAGCAACGACUUACUGGAUGCUGAAUGACGAUUAUAUUUCACAAAGUUCCAAACAUAAUAUUCGUACAACUUCCAAUAGUUAUCGUACUUACACCAAAUUGAUCAUACAAAAUAUAACUAAAAGUGAUUUCGGCGAGUAUCGAUGUUUAUCCAAAAAUUCAUUGGGGGAAACAGAAGGCACAGUUCGGUUAUACGAAUACAUAACUUCCACUACGAUAGAAUCACUAGCUCAAAUAACCACCGUACAUUCAGCAAUAUUUCAUAAAGUCUUGUUUACAGGAACAACGGACACUUCACCUCAUCACAGAAUCCAAAAUAAAAUAGAAAAAAAUCAUUUAUUCAAAAGCAGCUUAAAAUUCAACGUAUCUUCGAAUUUACAUAGUCCGCCCUACAACAUCAAUGAAAUUCUUUUUCCUAAAAAAAUUACCAAUUCCGCAGAUCAUACUAGAUGGAAUCUUCAUUUACUCAUUUUUGGCUACGUUCAUAUCAUCAUUAAAUAUUUGUGAAAAAUUCGGAUCAUUAGAGCGACAUGAAAAAAAUAAACCGAAGAUGGAAAUUCAAACACUCGUGAAUAAGAAAAUAUUUAUAUUUGAAGAGGUAGAUAUGCAACUUACGUACAGUGGUUUUGUAUAACGAUACUAAAAUGUUUCAGGAACAACAGCAGUACAAUUAUAUUAUUUUUAUAAUAUGUAUUAUCGGGAGGAUGUUAGUAAAAUUUCAUUUGUGUGUAUGUAUUUAAGCUACAUGAAAUGAGAACUUCAACGACAAUUCAUUCUUGUAAUUUUGCCAUUUUUAUAAAACGCCAUGAACAAAAUAAUGUUAUGUUAAGAAAACCGCUAGGAAAUGCUUCAUGUAAAUAAAAUAACUGUUUUCCGUUUAUAAUAAAACCUUUUUCAGUUUUC